AUGGAGAUGGAGGUUGAUGAAGAUACCGAGGGGAAAUCGAUUGGAUAUACAGAAAGCUUCGAAAGUCCGCCACAUGGAUCGACGAGCUCCGAGGCGGUCUCCCGCCGAAAACGCCUGCUCCUUUCCACCGAAAGCGCCUUUGUCGAUAAUGUCUUGUCAUCGCUGGUCGAGAAUCCCAGCAUCGAACUCCGCCUAAUCACAGACGAACCCUCGGCCCUCCUCUCCGGCUCCAACAAGGUCCCCCACUACAUGGAUACUGUGGAUAGUCAAACAUUCGAGAAAAAGACGGGAGCCCGACGAUGGUUAAAGGCGAAAGCGGCGGAGCUGUGUGAAUGGGCGGAUAUGCUGUUGGUGGCCCCCAUGGAUGCGGGGACGUUGGGGUCCAUGUUAUCCGGCAUGACAAACACCCUGACGCUGGCGCUUCUUCGGGGCUGGAUCUCGACAAAGCCCGUCGUCUUAAUACCCAGUAUGACCGUGUCCGAAUGGCAUCAUCCGCUGACCAGUCGUCAACUUGGCGAGGUCCACGAGUCGUGGCCGUGGAUCAGUGUCGUAACUCCGGUUUUAAUGAAAUCCACCAACCCGGAGGAACUUGUGCAGUUGCCUUGGGACGGGCUGCGCGAGCUUCAUGAGACGAUCACACGGACACUAGGUCUGUCCUUCUCUCAGCGCCCGAAUCAGUCAAGUACCUCGAGCGAAAAUUACCAACCCUCGAUCUCUGCAGAAAAGAAACCGGCCGAGACUGUAGCUGCGGCCAUGUCUCGGCAGGUCCCAUUUUGGCCUACGAGGACAGAGAAGGGCGCGCGGACGCUACCCAUCGAGCUAUGGCUGAAUAUUUUUGAAGACCAUCUACACGAUUGGGAGAUCGCCAAAGCGGUCGGCAUCCCGACAAACCUACCGGUCCCGAAGGAAUGGCAGCGCCAUCUUCUAAAGAUGUCGACUCCCGCCUCGCUCGAAUACACGAUUCUGCGAGGGUCUUUCGCGGCGAUCAAAAAGCGCAUCGACAGUCUUCCGCGAUGGAAGCCGCUGUCCGACCUCGCCUGCCACCUCAUUUUCAAAUUCUCCCGAACUGAUAUCCUAUCCUAUUUGACGGAAAACCACCUUGACCUCUGGACUACCUCCCGUCUUACCAACCUCCCCUACCGUGCGUCCGCCAUCUACGGUAAUCCGACCAUCCUGACCUGGUGGCGCGAUGCCCCGUCCCUCCCGAAUAAAGAGUAUAUUGCCGACGCAAUGGACGGGGCGUCCCGCGCCGGAUUCGUCAACGUCCUCGAAUGGUGGCGCACAUCUGGUCUCGAACUUCGGUAUACCGAGCGAGCCCUUGAAGCUGCCAGUGCCGAAGGCCGCGUCGCCGUUCUCGACUGGUGGAAGAACGCCUCGGCAACCGCGCCGCCGUCGAAGCCUAUUCCGCUCAAGGUGGGUAAAUCCGUCCUACUUGCCGCCCAGUCCGGCCGCACCGCAUCCCUGGCCUGGUGGGACGCCUCCGGCAUCCCGUACAGCCAUGCAGAAUCCGUCGCCCGCAUCGCCAGCACCCACGGACAUGUCCACGUGCUUGAUUUCUGGUAUCGACUCAAAGGCGCAAAGAUGAUCUUUGACUGCCAGGUGCUCGUGGGGCCCACCAAGAACGGGCACGACAAUGUCCUUGAAUGGUGGCGUCGCAGCGGCUUGCGCGUGGAGUUCAAGACGUGUGACAUCGAGGAGGCGCUGGAAGACGCCGAUCCGGUGUCUGGGGCGGAAGAACGGGUGCGACGCUGGUGGGCAAGAAACGGGCUUAAUCUGGGCGUUGGGACGAGCGAGUGGAUGAAAACCAAGGUGCUGUGA